CUUAAUUUUUUUUUCUCAUCCAUACCCAUUACUAUAUAUUAUUUUAUUAUUUAAUAUUGUAUUAUUUUAUGGAUGAGUUGAGGAGUAGGAAUAUCCUGGAGCAACCGUUGAUAAAGCAAAAAUCAAAGGUAUCUUUGAGCGCGUAUAGCUUUUUAUUUUCGGAAAUUGUUCAGUACUCUCUCACCAACUCCUCCAAGGAUCUUCCAUUCACCCAAAUAUUGAGUGGUAUGGGAGUGGAGAUAGGGAAUAGGAUCUUGGAUUAUUUAACUGUUCGUGAAAAGAUAACGACGAGGUUUACUAACAUCGUUUCGUUACUCACGUUCAUCUCAACGACGGUCUGGAAGUAUCUCUUCAACCACCACUGCCUUCUACUCAAAGAACGAGACGACAAUAAAGAAUAUAUGUUGAAUGAUAGAGAGUUUCAAAUAACGAAAUACAUUUCAAUGCCAAAGGAAUUGCAGUAUAUGUCGUGUGGUAGUUUUAUAGGUGGAAUCGUGCAAGGUAUACUAACCUCCGCCAAAUUCAAUGUAACGGUGAGUGCGCAUGACGUAGUGGAUGAAAGUAACAGAAAGUCACUAACAAUUCUAGUCCAAGCAAUUAAAUAA